GAGGAGGAAGGGAAAGAGCCUUUCAGCGGGGACAGAAGGGAAAGAGUCUCCGUUUCAAUGGAAUAAAAACUGCGCAAUUUCUUUACGCACUCCCUGCUCGGAUCACUCGCACCGUUGCUGUCCAUGAGACGGAUAUCAGCAGCGCUUUCUGGAUGAUUGUUGGCGUGGGGGAGUCCGUUCCCCAUUGCAACCCCCCCGCUGUCUUUCAGGCUUUUUUUUAAGGCUUCACCAGCUUGCGAUUUUUUCUUAACCCGACGGUGUUCAGAUGAAGGAAAAAGAAACGCGAUAUGACUGUGCAGAUGCAACAUCACUGACGAGUGUGUUCGUCAUGCCUUGCCCAUGGGCGAACGCAUCCACAUUUUCUGUGCUGGAGGGGGGCGGGGAGGGGGGUCUGCGAUCUCCGUGCGCAGUGCUUCCCCGUGUCAUAAUUUGCGCCUAAACGCGUUAUUACGGACGUUGAAUGGAAAGGCUUAGUAUUUUUAUUUUUCGUCAGUGGGGGAGAUGAGAGGGCUUUUAGAGGUCUGCGUCAUCCCGUGGCCGUGGAAGGAGAUGGGCUACUUUGCAGAUUUUCCACUGUUUUCACAGCCAGAGUCAGCGCGGCACCUCCCCAGCACGUUUUGGAUCACACACAGAAGGGACAAAGUGAGGAGCAUGGCUAAGCCUUGUCACGGCAUGUUUAAAGAGCCGCCGGCGCCCGACUGAGGCCAUGAGUUUGGCUGGCUACACUGCAGGCAAGAAUGGGCAAGUGCAUCAGCCCCACAGCAUGGAAAUGGGAGGGAGUCUGCGCCUGGCCCCUGCAAGUGUCCACCUGCUCAGGUACAGGCAUUUGGCCACCCACUUAGUCCAUACGCAUCCAGAGUGUUCUCAACAGUGGCAGGAGCUGAGAGGUGUCAUGGUGUCCGGUGGAUGCUAAAAAAGAGGGACUACAUCACCUCUGACCUCAAGGAUUGAGGAGACCCCGGAAGAAAUGAUUGGCAGCUGAAGCUGAGACUUAACACAACUGUGAAUCAAUAACUCGGUGCUACUCUAAAGGCAGUUGACUUUUAGGCUCCUGGUGCUGAAGAUAGAGGUGUCAGACCUCCACAUAUUCUCAGUGUUGGAGUGAGGCCCUCUCUGAGCUGCAGUGGAGGGCUUCACAGAUACAGCUAGUCUGGCUGGAUGCAUCACCCAGUAGAGCAGUUUGGCGGGCGAGGCACACGGGAUUCCUUCCCUCUGGACGAACUCAACCGGGGGCCAUGGCCUCCCGUGGGCGGCCGCGCCUGGCAGCCACCUGCCAGGUGUUCACCUACAAUGAACCAACACCAGCUACUUCCCCAUCUACCUCCUGGACCUAUGGGUGGAUUAAACCAUCACAGCAAAUAUUUCAGUAAUGGGCCGAUGCGAGGAAGCGAGAAGCUCGAUCUCCCACAGCCAAUGUUACCACCUCUGCAGAGGGAGCAGCAGAGACCUCCCCACCAUCUUCAUCCUCCACCUCAUCACAGAGCGUGGGAAAUUAGCCAGCUAUAUGAUUCCCACCUUCCUCCUCGAGGACAUCCGGUCAUGCCCCUGCCCAAUGACCUCUCGCUCCGUCUCCAUAAUGGAGGCUACGGGGGCAGCGGCGGACCUCCACCUAACCCCCAUUUCCCCUCCAGGGGGCCAAACCACAUGCUGAAAUUUGGGGGUCCUCAGGAGCCGAAUGUUCCCCGGGGUCCACCUUUGCUGGGAGAUGACAUGUGGGCUCAGGUGCACCAGCAGAGGCCAUACCCAGGAAAGAUGCAAGGAGGUCAGCUGAAGCGACCAGGCCCUCCGCUGGGUGAACACUCUGUUAUCCAACACACGCCUUCACCAUCGCUGCACACGCCCUCACAGUCUACAGCAGAGGAGUGUCCCAGCCCCAGCAAAAGGAAAAAGAGUUCAGAUCAGGUAUCUCACCCUGGGCUACAACGUUUCUCUGGUGCUGGCCAAUCUUUGCCACAGCAGCAGUCGUCUGCUCAGCACCACCCUCCAAAGCCCGCCUUCUGGAACCCCAUUCACAAGGACAGCAGUGUUCCCUGGCAGCCACAAACCUCAGAGCGCAAGAACCCACAAUCACAUGAGUUCCAGGAAAACAACAAACAAGGUAUGGGCAGCUACACCCAGAGGUCCUCUCCUGCAUCUUUGGCCCCUUCCAACCUCGCUCCUUUACCCAACUCCCCUCCGGGAAGCUACAACCAGGGAUGUGCUCCUAAGAUUCAGAAAGACAAGUUACAACCUCAGGCUGUAAACCAUCGGUCCCCUCACUCCUCCUACCCCAGUCCUGGCUCCAAACCGGAGAGUGCUCCGCCAUGCCAAGCUAAAGAGACUCGUGGUCCUCAGAUGCAGAGAGGCCCUCUCAUUGGGGGCCAAGGUGGCAGCCAAGCUACCUCUCACACAGCAUCAACUCCAACCAGGGGAGACAGAGAUCAUCACCGACAUGCCCAGUCAUCACCAGCAAACGUUUCUGCGACCGGCAGCAACAACAGCAGCAGCUGUGUGCCUUACAGCCACUUCCAGCCUCAUCCAGGGCUGGUCCACCAGGGUCCUCCUCCUCCACCGCCUCAAGCCAGCAGCACCUCAGUACCUCAGCAACAGCAAAGCGGUCCACAUGAGGCCUGGAGAUAUCAGAGCACGCCCAGCAAUCACUCCCUGGAGUCGGGCAGCUACAGGCCUCCAGGGCUGCUACCUCAGUGCCAGCAGAGCCACAAUCAGGUCGUGGAUAGUCGGCAUCCAGGUUCCUCCCGGCAUCAACAUCACGUCAGCCCUCCCCUGCCACCUACUCGAACACCUGUCAUCACAACCAACCCUCCUAUGUCCCAGACCCCCUGCUCUGUCAGCCGCCAUAGCAACGGCAGCGGCUCUAAUAGAGUUGCUAUGGCUGCUUCCUCCGCAGUGGCCACAUCUCCCCCUGCUGGCUGCUCUGUGAACAAUGACAGUACUAGUAACCGUUGGCAAGGAGGAAGGGAACCAGCCCCACAAACCCCUACCAGUGCCGUCAUUAACUCCAAAUCUCACAGGGAUGCUCUGCAGCAGCCAGGCAAUCAUCGAGGCCCAGCUCCCACCGCAAAUCAGUCUCACCAACACGGAGCUACCAAGUCCCAGCAUAUGAAGGGGAAAAUGGCGUACUAUGCUCAGGCUCAACUGGAAAAACCUCCAUUUUCCUCCUCAUCUUCUCUGUUCUCCUCAGGGCAAAACAGGGCAGGGGACAGUGUGAUUACAAGCACAGUUUCAAGUCCGCUUUCCAACUCUCCAACUUACUGCCCGGUUUCUCACUCCACCGUCAGCUCUGCUCCUCAACCAUCCAGCCCAGCCCUCCCCUCCAAACAGAUGUUCUCUCAUCCGCAAACUCCAACCUCUGUCCCUCAAUCCAUCGAAGAGGCUCUCGACAAACUCGAUGCUGAGCUAGAGGGACACAUGCAGGCUGAGGAAAGGAGGAAGCUAGAGAGAGAGGAGCAAGAAAGAAAAAGAAGAGAAAAAGAGAGAGAAAAGAGGGAAUGGGAAAUGAGACAAAAACAGGAGGAGGAGAGGAAGAGGAUAGAGCUGGAAAAGAAGGAAGAGGAGAGGAAAAGAGAGCUGGAGAAGCAGGAGGAGGAGAACAGGAGAAGAGAACAAGAGAGGCAGGAGCAGGAGAGAAGGAAAGAAGAGGAGAGACGGAGAAUAGAAGUGGAGCGACUGGAGAAAGAGAGGAAGAGGAGAGAGUGGGAGAAGCAAGAAGAGGAAAGGAAAAGGAGAGAAUGGGAGAAGGAAAGGAAGAGGAGAGAGUGGGAGAAGCAAGAAGAGGAAAGGAAAAGGAGGGAGUGGGAGAAGCAGCAGGAGGAGGAGAAAAGGAGGAGGGAAGCAGAAAGGCACGAGCAGGAGAGAAAGAAAAGAGAGCUGGAAUGGGAGGAGGAAGAAAAGAAAAAACAAAAAGAGCUAGAGAGAAAAGAGGAAGAGAAAAAAAGGAUGGAGAGAAACAGAGACGACAAACUGUGCAGCGCAAAAGGAAAAGAACAGGCUGCUAUCGAAAAUCUAGAAAGGCUACUCUGUGAAAACACCUCCCCGGUGCCCCCACCUCCUCCCCUCUCUUCUGUCACUGCAUCUCCUUCAGGUCCAUCUCCACCCAGUGCUCAGGCUUCUCCUCCAUACCCCUGGCUAAGCCGUGGUGGUGUACUCCCCUGCCAAUCAGGCCAGACACCCGCCGCUGCCGUUGUUGCCGCUCAUGUCGAAAGGCUGCGGCCGCCUCCGCUUACACCUCAGACAGACUAUGCCAGAGAAAAGCAAAGGCAGAGGGAGAUGUGGAGUAACAAUGGCGGAUUGACAUUCAGUCCUUCUUCAACAAACAAUACCUCAGGGAUGAACCAGCCGGUAUACCCCAACAAGCCCCCGGCGAUGCAAGCUGCACCCAGCCAAUCCAAAGACCCAACCAGGGAGAGAGACAGCAGCCAACACUCUCUCCCCACGGUGGCACUAAGAGAGCCCCCGAAGCUGUAUCACGCCUUUUCUAGAGAAAACCUCCCACCUCUGUCCUCCACCUCCACCGGGGGAAUCCUCAACAAGCAGAUGACCAGAGGCGGUUUGGAAGUUGCCGACUCUGACAGCGCUCAGUUUGAGGAGGAGUCCUCAGAGUCCACGCUGCUUCCCGAUGGUCUGGCUAACAUUAUGGCCAUGCUGGAUGAAUCCAUCAAAAAGGAAGAGGAGAUGUAUAACAGUGAAAAGAAUGGGCCCGCAGGUCUCAUUGACACCUUUUCUCCCAGUGCUGAGCCCAGCAAGAACUAUCUUUGCGCCCCAGACUUGGUUCCAGCGACCAAACAUCAGCCCAGUCACGAAGACCGAUCCAACGCCAGUCCUCCUGUGCUCAGCCGCCAAGGCUCUCUGGCAUCACCUUGCAGCCGAACAUCUUCUCUCAAUGAGGACGAUGAGGACUAUCUUAAACCUUCUCCAAAUAAUCCCAAACGGCACGUGGACAUGCCAAUGGGAAUAGGGAACACCAAUUACCGUCACAGUGACUUGGCUAAACUUUACGGUCUCCCUGAACAGAUUAAAAGUGACCCUGAUGAGGACGAAGAUGAAGAGGAUUCCGAGGCCCCAUCUUGUUCUCCGCCACCCCAAAGACCCCACCUUCAUCAGACGGGUGUUAAUAGCAUGUUCAAGUCUCUAGCAACUGUCCUAGAGAGCCAGAAGUAUGCCUACCGUGGCGGGCCUUUUGGGAGACCUCCUCCAUCAGCUCUGGUUGGGGUCAAAUAUUCCUCUUCGCUGUCACUGGGCCCUGAUAUCUGCUGCCAGCAGCAAAGCAGUUCUCCAACAUCAGAUUCAACAAACCCACCAUUCAGCCCUGCUGUCCCACCCAUAAAGUCCUCUCCUCGUUCUCUACUGGAAGAUAAGAAACUGAAAUUAGAGGACUCGGAUGUCUGGACAGAUGAAGGGGACUCAGAGGAAGGCAUCACCUUUAUUAAAAAGAAAAGCAUUCCUACGAUAAAGCCUAUUAGGCCGAUGAAGGAGGAGCAAGAGUUGACAACCAUCUCUGAAUCUUCUUUGGCAGAGUUGGGCAAGAGCUGUGAGGUCAUGCUUAGCCGACAGUCACUCCAUUACAAGAGCUCCUACGAAAAACAUGACAGCCAAGGUCAAAUGGGGAACAGACACAAACCCGAGAAAGUAAGGGAACACCGAGAGAAAGGCAGAAGCCGAGACAGACAGAGGGACAAAGAAAAGAAGAGAAAGCACGGUCAUAGCAGCAGCAGAAAGCACGAAGAUAGAAAGGAAAAGAAAAAGCAUAGAGACAAGAAAGAUUCUUCUUCAUCCACCCAUUCCAGUUCCAGCCACAAGCGGCACAAAGAUGGCAAAAGCCAUAAAGAGAAAGAUCGCAGAAUCCUAAGUGAUCUCAAUCUCCAGAGAAAGGAGGGCUCAGAGAAAACCUUUGGUCUCUAUGAAACUGAAAAAAGGAAAUGCAAGGAAGCAUCCGGUACCAGCUCCACAAGCGAAGGCGAGCGUAGAGAAUGGACCUCAAGUACGGGAGAAAGAUCUUCUGAGCACAAAAAAGGCGAAUCUGGAUCUUCGUUAGGUUCUACAGAUUUAAUGAAAUUGAAGGCGUUGUCGGAUGGGCCACCAAAAGAGCUCAAGAUUCGGCUGAUCAAAGUGGAGAGCGGCGACAGGGAGACGUUCAUUGCCUCAGAGGUGGAGGAAAAAAGGAUUCCGCUGAAGGACAUUAGCAUCAAGAACACUGCAAGUGAGAUUAUCCGAUCCUGCAAGGCAGCCAGACUCAAAGGGAAGUUUAAAGAAUCCUACUUACUGCCAGCCUUCUCUGUGAAACCCAUCAUAAGCAGAGAGGAACCAAUUCCCAGGGAGAAACUCAACCCUCCUACACCCAGCAUCUAUUUGGAAAGCAAGAGGGAUGCCUUCUCCCCUGUCCUCCUGCAGUUCUGUACUGACUCCAAGAAUCCUGUUACUGUCAUCCGAGGACUAGCUGGAUCUUUGCGACUCAACCUUGGGCUCUUUUCAACAAAAUCCCUGGUGGAAGCCAAUGCAGAUCAGAUGGUGGAGGUGAGGACUCAAGUGCAGCAACCUGCCGACGAGAACUGGGACCCUAGUGGCACGGGCCAGACGUGGCCCUGUGAGAGCAGCCGCUCCCACACCACCAUCGCCAAGUACGCCCAGUACCAGGCCUCCAGCUUCCAGGAGUCUCUCCAGGAGGAGAAAGGCAGUGAUGAAGAGGAUGAUGAAGAUGAUGAGAAGAAGCCACCCAACAGUUCUGAGACUCCCAACAAAGACAGCUCUAAAGAAACUUGCAAUGGUGAGCAGAAACCAGUUGGGAAAAUCAUUAAAUUUGGCACCAACAUUGAUCUCUCUGAUCCCAAGAGGUGGAAGCCUCAGCUUCAGGAGCUGCAGAAGCUUCCAGCAUUUAUGCGCGUGUCAUCCAGCGGAAACAUGCUGACCCAUGUCGGACACACCAUCUUAGGCAUGAACAGCGUCCAGCUCUACAUGAAGGUCCCAGGAAGCCGAACACCAGGUCACCAGGAGAACAACAACUUUUGCUCAGUGAACAUCAAUAUUGGCCCCGGAGACUGCGAGUGGUUCUGUGUCCAUGACAACUAUUGGCAGGCCAUCAGUGACUUCUGUGAGAAGCACGGAGUGGACUACCUGACAGGGUCCUGGUGGCCAGUACUGGAGGACCUCUACAACGCCAACAUCCCAGUGUACCGCUUCAUCCAGCGGCCUGGAGACUUGGUGUGGAUUAAUGCUGGUACUGUUCACUGGGUUCAGGCUGUGGGCUGGUGCAACAAUAUUGCCUGGAAUGUUGGACCGUUGAAUGGCUACCAGUAUCAGCUGGCGCUCGAGAGGUUUGAGUGGAACGAAGUGAAGAAGGUGAAGUCCAUUGUCCCCAUGAUUCAUGUGUCCUGGAAUGUGGCCCGCACUCUGAAGACCACUGACCCAGACACCUACAAGAUGAUCAAACACUGCCUGAUGCAGUCCAUGAAGCACAUCCAGAUCCUGCGUGACCAGCUGGUGGGUGAAGGCAAAAAGAUUUCCUAUCAGAGUCGAGUCAAAGACGAGCCUGCCUACUACUGCAACGAGUGCGAUGUGGAGGUGUUCAAUUUGUUGUUUGUGACGAGUGAGAACAACAGCAGGAAGACGUACGUGGUUCACUGCGAGGACUGCGCACGACGCCGCAACCCCAACCUGACCAACGUAGUUGUGCUGGAGCAGUACCGCAUAGAGGAGCUCAUGAACGUAUACGAUUCCUUCACCCUGGCCUCCUCCUCCCGAUGACAGAGCUCCCCACGUACAUCUCCUCAGCCAUAACCAAAACUCCUGCGAGGCAGGACAAAGACAGUUUCACUUUGGUUUUCAACUUACCCAUUCAUUAUUAUUUAGCAUGAUUCUUGCGACUACUGCUACUACUUGCCGAAUAGCCAGUUGACUACGUUUACUCAUUACUUGUUUACAAAGAGAAAAAAAACCAAGCCGCCAAUAAGAUACCAGUUUACUCUCAGAUGGUGCUUUCAACGAGAACCCCUGGACUCUGUGGUGGUUAACGGGGGCAGUUGGUGCUGUCAUUGAACAAACUGUGGAGGGUAGUUGACGGUCUCAGCGGCGUGUUUCUGUCAGUACCGGAAAGAACUCUUCUCUUGUCUUGAAUAUUGAAAUUUGUACAUGCUGUUUUGAAAUUUCUCGUGGGGUGCUGUCUUUUUAAAAAUAAUUUAUUGUUGUUUUGUUUGUUUUUUUUCUAAACUAGAUCCGCCUAGAUAUAUACCACAUUGGCCUUGUAUUUAGAAAAGAGAAAAUGGAAAAAUACUAAUAAUAGAGUUAUGAACAUUUUUCUAAAAGCAUUAAGAAUUUAAAAAUUGUUUGGAAUGCUUCAAAAGAUACGGGUUAUAGCAACUUUGGUUGUUUUUUGUGGGGGGUUGGGGGAGGGGCUCUUGUGUUUUUUUUAAACUUUACUUUUUUCAGAAGUUUGAAUGUGUUGUAAAUUUUGUUUCUAUGAGUUCUAGCUUUUGUUUUCUCUGGAGAUUAAUAUUCAGUUGUCACAGGUCGUCAGGUCUUGUUCAUUUCUUCACUCUGUGUAUGACCUCUCUCUUUAAAAAAAAGAAAAAGUCAUUGUCCUCUGGUGUGUGUUUUGUUUGUUCCAAUAUGCAGACUUCGUAUUUCCUGAACUUUUUUUUUUGGCAUUGUACAUUUAAUUUAAAAUGUUUCCUCUAUUUAUUGGAUAUUGGCGUUCUCCCUUUUCUGAUAGGGUUGUACAAUUUUGCUAUGUUUUAUUCCCUUUGUUUUAUGGUGACUGUUUGCUCUGUAAGAACUAAAACAUGGAGGCUGUGUCCGACGGAGUGAAGGCUACUGUUUCUCUGGUGCUCGCCUCUCGCCUCCUGUCUUUUCUCUCAUGAUAUAUAUUAAAUUAUAUCUUUAUCUUUAAUAUAACACCACCUUUCCUGUAGACAAUAGGCACACUGCUCACGUAGAGAAGAUGACUAAUGGAAUGCUGUGUUUGUACGCUUAUUAAAAAAAAGAACAGAAUGACUUUUUUUCCAAAGUGUUUUGAGAAAUGGUAAUUUUUUUUAAUAUGUAGGGGGCUUUUAGAUGAGAUUUUAAUGAUUUUAUGAUAUCUGUUGAAUAUGCUAACGGGAUAGAUGGUGCUAAAUGUUCUCUCUGAACAAUUUUUCUUUUUUUUGUCUUCUUAAAAUGAGAAUUCUAUUUUUCCUGUUGCAAUAUUAUCUUACACUUUCCUUCUCUUUGUGGUCAUUCAUUUAUAACUGCACUGUUUAGAGAAUCCACACAGACAUACUUGCAGACAUACACACCAAACUGAGCCAGACAUGUCUUAAACACUUGUGAAUUUGUGACAUUACUAUGACUAUUAAUAAACGCUUUUUGAUAAAUUCAGA